AUGUCGGAGAUCCGGGGCAUUUUACCCACCAAGCCUGAAAUCACCAAGGGAGUCUGUGGUUAUAGAUGCAAAGUGAUGGGUCUAGACGAUUACUGGCAUAAAGGCAAGUUACAACCUGCUCUCCGCGGCCCCGGCCGCCGCCAGCGCGACCGCACCGCGGCCCUCCACGGCGCCGACUCCGGAGGGGCGCCAGGGGCCGGGCGGCGCGGAGCCCGGCCCGGUGGACGCCCGGCUCGCAGGCCGCGCCGCCCGGGACCGGGCGAGGCCGCGCGCCAUCUGCCCGCGCCGGCUGCCCUCCCCGGCGGGUCCGGGCCCGGGCGCCCACGCGGGCCUCCGCGCCGAGGCGGGCGCAGCCGCUCCCCGCCCCGCACACAAAGCGGCUCCGCGGGAGCCCGCCUCACCUGCAGCACGGGGCGCCGCGGGCCUUCGAGAACCAUCGGACCCCGCUCCGGCGCGCGCGUCACAGCCCAGGCCUCCCGGUGCCGCCUGGCGCCGCCGCCGCCGCCGCCAUUUCCUCCCGCUCGCCGUCGCCUCGUCCCCGCUGUCAGGUUACUCCAUUCACCUGGGCCUGGAGCAGCCUGCGCCGCGCCGCGCCUCCGCCUCGACCCCUCCCGCCCGCGCCUGCGGAGACUGCGCAGAGCCCGGCUCGCCCGCAGCCCGCGCACGGCCCGCGGCAAAGGCGCACAGCCGCUUGAAGAAUCCCACCGGCGCCCGCGCCGCCCCCUCCGCGCCCCCACGCUCCGCUCGGCCCCGCUCGCCCCGCGCCGGCAUGAGAGCGAGCCUGUGAUUGGACAGAGCGCGGCGGUGAAAGGACAAGUCAGGAUACAAAUAUACCUUUGCUUAAGACUUUUUGUUUGCAAGUAACAGAAACCAACCUGAAGUAGCUUAACCAAAAGGGAAGAACUGUAUCAUAAGGUUGCAGACGCUUCUCACAGAAGCCGGGAGCAGGAAUACAGCUGCAGCAAAGGAGUAGACCCAGGAGUUGGGAAGCUUUCAGGAACUCAAAGCUCUGUCCGCUGAAAGAACCCUGGAGCAGCAGCCCUAUAUCCAGGAGAACACCUAACACCCAGCUUGAAACACCAUCUUCUGCUAAAAGGAACCGGGAAUCCUUGAAGAAAUACCUGAUUUCACAGUUGGGACAGAGAAAGCGUAAGUGAGCCUGGACCUUCUUGUCGUGCCGGAAAACAUGAAAAUGCUCAGAGUGAAGGAGACAUUUCAAAACAACAACGUAGUCCGUUUGAAGGGACUCCCGCUGGCCGAAUCUGGGAAAUUGGAACAUCAAAAUAAAUGAUGAUAGUAGGA